UUGGGGGAGCAGCAGGCAUAUGGCAGGCGAGGGCGCACCGGGAAUAGUAGGCGGGGAAGGGAACGUGUGUGUGCAUUGUGGGGCAAGUGCAAGCUCGCUGUACCGCAUCUUUCGGUCGAACGCGCACAUCCGGCUGUCGCGGUGCGAGGCGUGCGACGCGGUGGUCGACCCGUACGUCGAGUACGACAACGUGCUGCAUGUGCUGGACCUUGUCCUCCACCGGCCAGCGGUCUACCGGCACCUGCUGUUCAAUGCGCCGGCACUGCCGUCGCUGCCGAACCUGCUGGUCUCGCCGGCGGCGCUGGCCCGGCUUGCUCUCUUCCUCCUCGCCUGCGACGUGUUUGUGGCCACCUCGCGCUGCGCCUCGCACCACGCCGUGCUGGGCGGCACAGCCGGCGCCGACGUGCCAUCCCAGCGGUGUACGGUAGUGCGGACCAUUCCAGUUGUUCUUGCCGAGAACCUUGCCUUUGUUGCCGGUGUAUCGGCGGCGCUGCUGGCGGUGGUGUGGCGCGGACUGCGGCUGGGCGUGGGAGCGGUCCUCGACCUGGUUGUCCGCGCGCUACUUGUUUCAUCGAUGGCCAAGGCGCUGGUUGUAUUGGUCAUGAUCUGGGACUAUGAUGCGUACUUUCUUGGUGUCUUUCCCAACUAUCUCGGCGUCUCCCUCUUUCGCAUCGUCCACAUUGUUGUCCUCACCUCGAACAUCGUCGGCCUGACCGUGGUCGCCGAGGCCGCGCUCGGCGGAGGCUUGCACUGCGGAGUGCCGGCGUGA